AUCCCUUCUGCCCGACCCCAGUUAGACUCCCACAGGCUUCCGUGUUCACUUACACAGCCGAGGCUGCGGACGAGACCACUCGGCUCGGGACGGUUCCAUAUCCCGCGAGGAUCCCCCGUUUUCUGCGGGCUGGAUACAUAAUUAAUUCUUCAUCACCCUUGGAACCGUUUUUGCAGCGCCAGUCAACAUGCAUGGCAGGCUGAAGGUAAAGACGACGGAGGAGCAAGCAGAGACCAAACGUGUCGAGCGGGAGAAGAAGCUGUGCCAAUAUGUGACUGCCACCAAAGCCAUCUUUGAGAAGAGGAAAUCGGGCCAGCUGGACAAGGAAGCCCUCGAGCUGACCAGCCAGGUCCUGGGGGUCAACCCAGACUUCGCCACCCUCUGGAACUUCCGGCGGGAGAUCUUCCUUCACCUGCAGGAGGAGACCCCAGAAGAGAUGCAAGCCCUGUGCAAGGCGGAGCUCUCCUUCCUGGAGUCCUGCCUGCGCGUGAACCCCAAAUCCUACGGGACAUGGCACCAUCGCUGCUGGGUGAUGGAGCACAUCCCUGAGCCGGACUGGGCCCGUGAGCUGGAGCUGUGUGGGAAAUUCCUGGAGAUCGACGAGCGCAACUUUCACUGCUGGGACUACCGGCGCUUCGUGGUGCAGCGGUCGCAGGUCCCUCCCGAGGACGAGCUGGCCUUCAGCGACAGCCUCAUCACCCGGAACUUCUCCAACUACUCCUCCUGGCAUUACCGCAGCCGCCUCCUGCCGCAGCUCUACCCCGAUUCCCAGCAGCAGGGCCAGAUCACGGAGGAGGUCCUACUGAAAGAGCUGGAGCUGGUACAGAACGCCUUCUUCACCGACCCGAAUGACCAAAGCGCCUGGUUCUACCAUCGCUGGCUCUUGGGCAGAGCUGAUCCAGAACCGACGAUUCGCUGCAUCUAUGUUAGCAGGGAGGAUACUUCGCUCGUGGUCGCCUUCUCGCACCCCGUGGCGGUGGCUCCUGCCUCUCACGACCUGAUCGUGUUUGGAGAUGAGUCCCCGCUGGUCGUCCGCUGGCGCACACCAGAUGGAAGGAACAGGCCCGGGUUUAUGUGGCUGUGCGACUUGCCGGCGUCGGCCCUGAAUGACCACUGGCCCCAGCACACCUUCCGGGUUCUCUGGGCAGAGGGGCAGGUCCAGAAAGAGUGCGUCCUUUUCAAAGGGCACCGGGAUUGUUGGAGCCAAGAUUCGGUCACCGAGGAGCAAGUGUUCAGGUGUGAGCUAUCCAUCGAGAAGUCGGCCGUGCUCCAGUCCGAAUUGGAAUCCUGCAAAGAACUUCAGGCCCUGGAGCCCGAGAACAAGUGGUGCCUUCUGACCAUCAUCCUCCUCAUGAGAGCCUUAGACCCCCUGGUGUAUGAACAAGGGACCCUGAGCUACUUUACGACACUGAAGGCUGCCGACCCCAUGCGCUCGGCCUACUUGGAUGACCUGCGCAGCAAGUUCCUGAUCGAGAACAGCAUCCUCAAGAUGGAGUAUGCAGAGUCCCGGGUCGUGGACCUCUCCCAGCGGGGCCUCACUUUGCUGUGCCACUUGGAACUCCUCCUGCUGGUCACACACAUGAACCUGUCGGACAACCACCUCCGCACCUUACCCCCAACCCUGGCCAUGAUGCGCUGCCUGGAGGUGCUGGAGGCUGACGACAACUGGAUCGAAACCCUCGAAGGGCUCCCGCCUCUCCCUCGCCUGGAGGAGCUCUCCCUCUGCAACAACCGCCUCCGGCAGCCCUCGGACCUCCUUGCGCUGGCCUCCUUCCCCAAACUCACUUCCCUCAACCUGCAAGGUAACCCGCUGUGCCAGGUCCCGGGGGUCCAGGCUGAGCUCGCGGCGCUGCUGCCAAACGUGGCCACCAUCCUCACCUGAUCGGCACAUCAGGGACUCGCCCCCCCCUUCUCAAGACCUCCCCUCCCUGCUGCACCGACACCUUUAAUUUAUUGGCAUGAGGAAAUUAAACAGAACGUGGGCUGG